AUUUAGAGAAAAGUCAUCUGAGCUUCCAUAACUUCUAACUAACUUCUGCACCAGUCUCACUACAUGAAAAGGAAAAUACAAGAUGGAAGGCAGCCUUCAGAGUGCUACACAAGUCAACACGGAGCUGGACGACAUCCUCAGCCAAAUAGCAGAGCUUGAUAAAUGGAGAGAAAUUUUCAACACACAAGGGUUGGAAUUACAAGGCUGUUUUGCCAAGAGAGCACCUGAAAGGAUUAAAGCUGAGGAAGAGACUGAGGAUGUUUCUAGGUCUUCAACCUCAGCCCAGACACCCACAGGCUACGUUAACCCGCUGAUGGUGCCUUACUCCAUCCCCCACUCUCUUGUUGUCUCCCCGAGUCUGGGUGGGCACCCUGUGUCGCCUGAACUCGCCAUGAGUCUGAGAAAGAUCUUGUUUGGAAACACGUUCCACAUCUUCAACUAUGAGUGGAAGAAAUCUUUCUUCAAGUUCCGGGAGCCCCACUCAAAUCUGUCUUACGCUCUGGAGGCAGAAAGAGGGGGAGCCCGUGCUGUACAGAUGGCAGUUCAGGCUCACAUUAUCAAAUACCUGCUCUUCACACGGCCAGUAGACUCAGAGUGCUGCACGAUGGAAAGUUUGGGGGAGGUGGGGGAGAAGGAGCAGGAGAGGGCAUUGGCCACUGCUUUGGCUGACAUUUUGUGGACAGCUGGUGAGGAGCGUACUGCCACCGUCUCCUUGGUUACACCUGAGCGCUGUUUUACCCCCCACCUGGACUACAAACUGGACAACUUCACAGAGAAGUUGCAACUUUUUACCUUCAAAAAGAAGGAAGAUACAAGGAAAUUCAUUUAUGAACAUAUUCAGUGUUUCAAUGAGGAAGGAAGCCAUGGGGUCAUUCUCUUUCUGUAUAGCUUGAUCUUCUCCAGGUCCAUCGUUAGGUUACAAGAAGACCUGGAUUUCACCACUACUCAUCUCUUACACUUGGGUUUGGGCAACUUUGGUUGUCGCCAGGCUCUUUUGAACCUUCUGUUGACUGGUCGUGCCAGUCCUAAUGUCUUCAAUGGGACGUUGUUAUAUGAUGAAGAUGGCAGCCCAUUAGCACAACCUCUUCAUGGAGUUUUGGCCCGCAGUGACGUGGGAUACCUGCACUGGAGCCGAGAGCAGGCAGAACAUGCAAAGCUUCCUACGGUAGGAAGUAUGCUAAAGACCCCCAAACUGCCGAUUUGGGUUUGCAACAUCAAUGGCACCUACAGCGUUCUGUUUAGUCCCACCCGAUCUCUGCUCUCUGAUUGGAAAAUGGAGCAUCUCUUCCACCUCUACUUUUACAAUGGCCAACCAACUCAAUGCAGUACUGCAAUGCUCACAAUAGACACACACUCCCACCACUGGGAGGCUGGAAGUGGAGACAAUCAAGGAGAUCUAGAAAGGAGGUUCCCCUCACUGGAGAUGACCAUCAGGACCAAAUGGGAGGGAGCUGCAAUUGACUGGAAUGGCACAGUACCAUAUUUCUGA